AUAAAUUAGAAACUUUGACAUCAUUCCAUGUGGCUUGAUCUCAUUUGAUUAGAAGGGAUUAUUAGGUUGAUUAAUGGAAAAAAAUACAAACACUGUGUAGAAGUUGAGUAGAUCUGUGAUCUGUCUAUCAAAAUCUCUAGUGGACUGAAAGCUGAAGAAGUCGAUCGGGGGAAUCUAUCUAAAUCUAAAUUGCAUAUAAAUGAAGAGGCCUGGUGGAGAAGGAACGACGUCGUUUAAGAAAUUGCAUAAUAAACAGCAGUUGAAACCAGUAAAAAAAGGAGUGUCUGUUAAACUUGGAGUUGCUGCUGUUUUACUAAUUGCCUUCCCAACACUUUACUUCUUUUACUUCUUCAAUGCUGCUGCUGCUUCUGCUUCUGCCACUAACUCUUCAUCCAAGCAGAUUGAUGUACAGAAACUAUGGGAUGCUGCUGAUUCUGAUGGGUGGAGGCCAUCAUCUAUUCCAAGAUCUGACUGGCCACCUCCUCCAAGUGAGAGCAAUGGGUAUCUACGUGUCCGUUGUAAUGGGGGUCUAAAUCAGCAGCGGACAGCGAUCUGUAACGCGGUUCUUGCUGCACGAAUUAUGAAUGCCACCCUUGUGCUGCCUGAGUUAGAUGCAAAUUCCUACUGGCAUGAUGAUAGCGGUUUCCAGGGUAUUUAUGAUGUUAGUCAUUUUAUAAAGUCACUGCAAAAUGAUGUACGGAUUGUAGAAAGCAUACCUGAAAUUGAAAAGAACGGGAAAACUAAGAAGAUAAAAGCUUUUCAGCUACGGCCGCCUAGAGAUGCUCCUAUCAUGUGGUAUACUACUGUUGCAUUAGAGAAAAUGAAGGAACAUGGUGCUGUAUAUCUCACUCCCUUUUCCCACAGACUAGCAGAAGAGGUCGACAACCCUGAAUACCAACGGUUAAGAUGCAGGGUCAAUUAUCAUGCUCUCAUAUUUAAGCCACACAUCAUGGAAUUAAGUCACCAGAUAGUGAAUACACUUCGCUCCCAAGGUCAUUUCAUGUCAAUACAUCUUCGGUUUGAAAUGGAUAUGCUGUCUUUUGCAGGGUGCUUCGAUAUAUUUUCCGCCAAGGAACAAAAGAUAUUGAAAAAGUAUCGUAAGGAAAACUUUGCUGAGAAGAAACUUAUCUAUAGUGAAAGGAGAGCCAUCGGAAAAUGUCCAUUAACUCCAGAAGAGGUUGGUUUGAUCUUACGCGGAAUGGGGUUUGACAAUUCCACUCGAAUAUACCUUGCAGCCGGAGAAUUAUUUGGUGGUGAGCGGUUCAUGAAGCCGUUUAGGUCUAUGUUUCCACUGCUUGAGAAUCACAGCACUGUGGAUUCAUCUGAGGAGUUGAAAGAUAACACACAAGGUUUACUUGGUUCUGCCGUUGAUUACAUGGUUUGUCUAUUGUCAGAUAUUUUUAUGCCUACAUAUGAUGGCCCAAGCAACUUUGCCAAUAACCUCCUUGGCCAUCGCCUCUACAACGGUUUCCGGACUGCAAUCCGACCAGACAGAAAAGGUCUUGCCCCCAUCUUUAUUCACCGUGAAAAGGGACAGGUAGCUGGUUUUGAAGAUGCAGUCAGACACGUGAUGCUGAAAACGAGCUUUGGCGGGCCUCACAAGCGAGUCUCACCUGAAUCUUUUUAUACAAAUUCUUGGUCAGAAUGCUUCUGUCAAACAUCGGCAUCAAAUCAUGCUCAUAGAUGUCCAUCUGAUAGUGAACAUGAAGUGACUGAUAACUCAAAUGGCAAAAGAGAAUAGCUGACUAAUUAUUAUGGCAAUCAUCAUUCUUUGGUAUAAUUGGUUUGUGGUUAUCUACAUGUAGAUGUAGCCCUACUUAACUAUGAGAUAUGUGUGCAACUAAGGUGUAAUGGCAAAACACUUUUAAGUUGUAUUA